AUGUCCUCAGCAUUACCAGAAUCCAUUGCAUUCGAGCUUUUCGGCGACCGGGUGAUUUUCACUUUUGCAUCGCGACACUCGACGCUGAUCACGAUCCCGCCAGGUUCUGCGUGGGAACCUGGGGCGCACUGGCAUGAAUCAUACGUUGAGAACGUCCGGGUCGUCAAAGGCCGUGCCUGGGUGAGCGUGAACGGCGUGGUCAAGGAGAUUGGCCCCGGAGAGGGGAGUGUCCGAUUUGAAUUGAGGGAUGUACAUACUUUCGGACGGGCGGACAGAGGGCGGAAAAGCGAGGACAGUGACCACGAGGAAGAAGAUGUCGUUCUCGAGGAAUGGACAGAACCCGACGACGGCUUCAAACAAGUCUUCUUCUACAACCUACUACGCAUCGCACAGACCGCCACCGCGAACUCCAGCCUGUUCAGACCGUCGACGAUCCUGCAACUCGUGCGCGUCAUCGCCCACGUCGACAACUACGCCGAUCUACUGCCUUUCUUGACCGCGUACUGGUGGCUGCCGUUUUCGCUCAAGUACGCGCUCGUCCACGCCGUGUACGGUUUCGGCAGCGCGCUUGGCUGGGCGUUCGGGUAUCAGAAGUGGCUCAAGGAGUAUACGCCCCGAGACCUGUGGAGUGUUGCGGAGCGUGGAGCUGUCACGAAGCGGGGGCGCGAGGAGGGAGGUGGUGGGCGGAAGGAUCUUUGA